AUGGCUGUCUCCAAGAUUUACGCUAGAUCCAUCUACGACUCCCGUGGUAACCCAACUGUUGAAGUUGAAAUCACCACCCAAGACGGUACUUUCAGAUCCAUCGUUCCAUCUGGUGCUUCCACUGGUGUCCACGAAGCUUUGGAAUUGAGAGAUGGUGACAAAGCCAAGUGGAUGGGUAAGGGUGUUACCCAGGCUGUUGCCAACGUCAACAACGUGAUUGCUCCAGCUUUCGUCAAGGCUAACAUCGACGUUAAGAACCAAGAAGCUGUCGAUGAGUUCUUGAACUCUUUGGACGGUACUCCAAACAAGGGUAAGUUGGGUGCUAACGCUAUCUUGGGUGUCUCCAUGGCUGCUGCCAGAGCUGCUGCCGCCGAGAAGAAGGUGCCAUUGUACAAGCACUUGGCUGACUUGGCUCAAGCUAAGCCAUCUCCAUACGUUUUGCCAGUUCCAUUCUUGAACGUCUUGAACGGUGGUUCCCACGCCGGUGGUGCUUUGGCUUUGCAAGAAUUCAUGAUUGCUCCAACUGGUGCUUCUUCCUUCGCUGAAGCCAUGAGAAUCGGUUCUGAAGUCUACCACAACUUGAAGUCUUUGACCAAGAAGAGAUACGGUGCUUCUGCCGGUAACGUUGGUGACGAAGGUGGUGUUGCUCCAAACAUCCAAACUGCUGAAGAAGCUUUGGACUUGAUCGUUGACGCUAUCAAGGCUGCUGGUCACGAAGGUAAGGUCAAGAUCGGUUUGGACUGUGCUUCUUCCGAAUUCUACAGGGACGGUAAGUACGACUUGGACUUCAAGAACCCACAAUCUGACUCUUCCAAGUGGUUGACUGGUCCACAAUUGGCUGACUUGUACCACUCCUUGACCAAGAAGUACCCAAUCAUCUCCAUCGAAGACCCAUUCGCUGAGGAUGACUGGGAAGCUUGGUCCCACUUCUUCAAGACCGCUGGUGUCCAAAUUGUUGCUGACGACUUGACUGUCACCAACCCAUUGAGAAUCAAGACCGCCAUCGAGAAGAAGGCUGCUGACGCUUUGUUGUUGAAGGUCAACCAAAUCGGUACUCUAUCCGAAUCCAUCAAGGCCGCCAGAGACUCUUUCGCUGCUAACUGGGGUGUCAUGGUCUCCCACAGAUCCGGUGAGACUGAAGACACUUUCAUUGCUGACUUGGUUGUCGGUUUGAGAACCGGUCAAAUCAAGACUGGUGCCCCAGCUAGAUCCGAGAGAUUGGCUAAGUUGAACCAAUUGUUGAGAAUCGAAGAGGAAUUGGGUGACAAGGCUGUCUACGCCGGUGAAAAGUUCCACCACGGUUUCCAAUUGUAA